GAGAAGCAUAGCGAACGGAAAGGCUGUAAGACACCUGCGAGUGUGCACAGAUUUUGAGUUAUAUUACAACAACAUUCAAGAACACAAGUCUCAUAAAUUUUGGAUUCGUUGUUUCGUGUCAUGGGCCACAAUGAUUUGAUGAGUACUGCGGAGGACGUGGCGGAUCAGUUUCUGCGCGUGACGAAGCAGUACCUCCCCCACGUGGCGCGUCUGUGCCUGAUCAGCACCUUCCUGGAGGACGGGAUCCGGAUGUGGUUCCAGUGGAGCGAACAGAAGGACUACAUCGAGGGGACCUGGGGCUGCGGUGCCUUCCUGGCCACCUGCUUCGUCCUCCUCAACCUGUUGGGACAGCUAGGUGGCUGCAUCCUUAUUCUUAGCAGAAAUUUUGUUCAGUAUGCUUGCUUUGGGUUGUUCGGAAUCAUCGCCCUACAGACUGUUGCCUACAGCAUUUUAUGGGAUCCGAAGUUUUUGAUGAGAAACCUGGCCCUAGGUGGUGGCUUGUUGCUGUUGCUGGCUGAGUCUCGUUCUGAGGGGAAAAGUAUGUUUGCUGGCGUGCCCACCGUAAGAGAGAGCUCCCCUAAACAGUACAUGCAGCUGGGAGGCCGCGUACUGCUGGUCCUCAUGUUUAUGACCCUGCUUCACUUUGAUGCCGAUUUCUUCUCUAUCCUGCAGAACUUGGUGGGCACCGCUCUCAUCGUCCUCGUGGCCAUCGGUUUCAAAACCAAACUGGCCGCCCUCACCCUGGUCCUGUGGCUGCUGGCCAUCAACUUCUACUUCAACGCUUUCUGGACCAUCCCGGCUUACAAGCCCAUGCACGACUUCCUCAAGUACGACUUCUUCCAGACCACGUCGGUGAUCGGCGGGCUCCUGCUGGUGGUGGCCCUCGGCCCCGGCGGCGUCUCCAUGGACGAGAAGAAGAAGGAGUGGUGAGAUCGCGAACGGGGUUUUUUUUUUUGUUUGUUUUUGGUUUUUUUUUUUUUGUCGCUCGCUGUCGUUAGCGUGUCCUUCCCGUAAAGCGAUUUCCCGUCGAGCUGACACCGCCUGGGGGGAAAAAAAAAAAAGGGGGCACCGCCUGGGGAAUAAAGAGCCAAUUUUGGGGGGCAGGAAUCGUAGCUAAGGGACAUCUGGGACGCCGCCAUUCUGGGACAACGAUAAUCUGACGUGCAACUUUCCAUUCAACAAACUCAAGCCCCGUCUCUGUCCUGUCCCCCUUUUGUUCUGACGUUUUCAGCGUAGGUUGUUUCUUCUUCUUUUUUUUUUCUUCUUUUUUUUUUCUCAAUAGGCACUUUUUUUCUUUUUCUUUUUUUUCUUUUUCUUUUUUUUUUAAUGUUUAGCAUAUUUAUUAUCAUCUGACAAAAUAUAGGAUCACAAAUACACAAUAUUGAUAUUACGUUUAAAAUAUAUAUAUUGGGGGAAAAAAAAAAAAACUUUCAAGAAAAUAGCGGAAAUCUUGUUUGGCCCCUUCCCCUUUGGGUCAUUUUUUUUUUUUUUUCAGUUUGCUGUCGUCUUGGUGCCAAUUUCCAAGCUCCACGAACCAAAGACACAUCCUGUCCCAGAAUUUUUUUUUUCCCUCUGUAUACAGUAACAGCAGACGUUGACGUUUAAGACUGUGACCAACAGACAGACAGACACCUCCACCCUAGUGAUCAAACCAUCAACACAUAAACACGACACACUAUCGGAGCGCAAGAGGAGAAAGCCUGCUAGGAAGUUCAUGGAUUUGAGCUGCUCAUUAAGUGAGAUUAUUUCUAAAUUGCUUUUCUUUUUUUUUUUUUUUUUCUUUCGGAUGUUAACAACACAGGUUGUUUAUAGUAAUGCAUCCCCCAUCCUACUCCAGGUGGCCCCCACCUCCAUGAAAGGUCUAGCUUUAGCUAACCGACGGUUUGAUGCUUAGGUGAUGAAUUGAGCACGGUUCUGUGGGUCUACAGGAGCAGGACCGGGAGAAACGCUGGUUUAUGAUGAAUGAAAUGUGCCAUGCAGAAUUACUGACCGUUUGUAAUGUUAUUGACCUAUGAUUCUUACUGUUAUUGAUGUGUAAUUCUUACCUUGUACACAAGGUGUCACUCCAAGCACUAACACAUUUUUUUUUAACAAUAAGACAACUAUUUGAUGACCAAUGCAAACAAUUCACCAUUAAGAUCCAGUUUCCCAAAAGAGUUUCCCACUGGUCACCGAUUUGACCUCGGUUAACAUGGGCAGUGCAUGGACAAUCCAUAUCCUGAUGUGUUAUAUUUGUGAUAUUUACAUUGCUAUUACUUUCAGAUAGUUCAGAUAUAGUGAUGUUAUUCUUGAUUUAAAACAAAAGUUGUGAAGGUGCUACGUCAUCAUACUGUUGCUGAAGUGGAUCCAUAAAAAGAGACAAAAAAAAAAAGUCAGGAUUGUCUGUUAGUGUCUUAAGUAAAUGACUGGUGUUCUUGGAUAUGCAGUUCUGAACAUCCAGUUGCCUACACUGCGAGAGAAUAUAAAAAUGAGAUUUGCUUAUCGUGUCCAAAAAACAAACAAACAAGCUUGUGUGUAUAGUCUGCUGUUCAAAAAAAAAAAAAAGGGACUUUCAAAGCGGAAAACUCAAAAUGGCCUUUUCGAAUCUUUUUUUUUUUUUUUUCUUUUUCCAUUUCUGUGUUAGUUUGUUUUCAGAUUUCAUUCCGAGGUUAAAAUGUUGAUUUCUAGUAAGAGCCAAUGGCAUUAUAAAUUGUUGUGUGUGUGGAUGUGCGCGCGCGCGUGUGUGUGUGUGUG